AUGUCCCGCGUGCCCGCCCGCCAAGGCUGGUGCCAAGGCCAACUCAACUGCCAAGGCUGGUGCCAGGGCCAAAUCAACUGCCUGGCUGGGGACGGCCAGGUAGUAGACGUCGUCCGCCGCCGCCUCCGCCGCCCGCGUGCCUCCGCCCCGCGCAGCAAAAAAUCAGCAUUAUAUCAGGAGGUGCCAAAGCCGCAGUAUCUCCAUGAGGUGAGCGUCGUGCGUUUUGCCGCCGCGUGCCGCCGCUGCGCCGACUGGCUCCCGGUUCGAAUCGUCCUUCGCGGAGCGAACGCGGCGACACGUGGAUAUCCUUUGGCCGCGUUGGGUAGCGAGGAUUGGUGUAACCCGUUCGGGGAGGGGAGGCCGAAAAACGCAGACUUUUGGGAGAGAAUAUUCUUGGAGGUCCACCUUCAAGCCCUGAUAAAUGAAAAACCCCGUGCCGCGCCGCGCCGCGCCCUCACCGGAAACUCGAGCGAGCCCAAGCAGCGCCGGGACGCCGACCCGCGGCCGCAUGCAGACUGCCUGCUCGCCUGCUCGACCUAG